UGCUCUAACGCACGUGGGAAAUGAUGACGAGGAGUCAUGCAGGGAUAUGAAAAACUUCCCCCAUGCAAAAUGAACUUGACACGGAAAAUAUAAGGAACUUUUUGUGUUGAGUAAUUUGUAGAAUCAGCUGUUUCACGUCGUCAUCCCGGAUACACCUGUGGACAAGUGUUGGAGAUCGUAUUGAGUUUAUUACAAGUUUUUGACAACUUCCAUGGAACACAUUUCAAGAUCUUCCAAGCAAAAUUAAUGGGCACAAAUAGAGUUAGGUGCAUGUAAAAAAAUCCAAGCACCUUUAAGAAUAGUUGCCCUGAAAAUGUGUUAAAAAUGGCAGUGUUUAGUGUUAAUACUCGAAGCAAGAGUUCUCGAACUUGACGACGUCAGCCUUAUUGGCCGUAUCUCAGUAGGACGUUGAUAUUUCUAUACGAGUCGUCAUUUCCGUAGCAUUUUGUUGGUGCUUCAAGUGUGUGAAUGCGCCAUGAAAACUGACGUAUGUUUUAACAGUUAAGAGAUGAUGAUGAGUCACAAGAUGUGGACCCGCCUUCACACUUUGUAUAACAAAGUUGUAAGUGGUGUGGGCGGGAUCUCGGACCACUCAAACCACACCCAUAGAUCAAAUAAGCAUUGUGCCGAUCACAUCGCUCUUAAAUUGAAAGGAAGAUGGUUCCACCCGAAUGUUUCGGGUCAUGAAGCAGAAGUUCUACUUAAGGAGAGAGGGAUUGAAGGAUCCUUUCUUGCACGUCCUUCUAAAUCCAACCCUGGGGACUUUACCCUGUCAGUUCGGCGGAAUGGUGAAGUGACACAUAUCAAAAUCCAGAAUAUGGGUGAUUUCUAUGACCUCUAUGGUGGUGAGAAGUUUGCAACAUUGGCAGAAUUGGUCCAGUACUAUAUGGAAAACCAAGGGCAACUGCGAGAAAAGAAUGGGGAAAUUAUAGAGUUAAAAUUUCCAUUAAAUUGUGCUGAUCCCACUACUGAAAGGUGGUUUCAUGGUCAUCUCUCUGGGCGUGAAGCUGAGAAGUUGAUUUUGGAAAAGGGAAAAAAUGGUAGUUUUCUAGUCCGUGAAUCACAGAGUAAACCUGGUGAUUAUGUUCUCUCAGUGCGCACAGAUGACAAAGUAACACAUGUUAUGAUAAGAUGUGUGCAGGACAGCAAAUAUGAUGUAGGUGGUGGAAGGAAAUUUGAUUCAUUAAGUGAACUUGUAGAACAUUACCGUCGAAACCCUAUGGUUGAACAAUCAGGGACAGUUGUGCCUCUGAAGACUCCUUUCAAUGCUACUAGAAUUAACGCACGUGGUAUUGAUAGCAGAGUGAGAGAGCUUUCGCGUCGACGUCAAACAAGUUUUGACCCGUCCUUACAGAAGGAACACCAGGGACCUGCCAUGGGAAAAGCUGGUUUUUGGGAAGAAUUUGAAUCUUUGCAACAGCAGGAGUGCAAACAGCUGUACUCAAGAAAAGAGGGCCAAAAACCAGAAAAUCGGAAUAAGAAUCGAUAUAAGAAUAUUUUACCCUUUGACCAUACACGAGUUAUUUUGAGGGAAACUGAUCCUGGAAUACCUGGUUCAGAUUACAUCAAUGCAAAUCUUAUCACUAGUGAAGAAGAUGUAGGGAUUGAGGGUAAGACAUACAUUGCAACCCAAGGAUGCCUGCCAUCAACUAUAGCAGAUUUCUGGUGGAUGGUAUGGCAGGAGAAUACUAGUGUCAUUGUUAUGACCACCAAGGAAGUUGAAAGAGGCAAGAACAAGUGUUGUCGAUAUUGGCCUGAAGAAGGAUCUAGUAAGGAGUAUGGACGGAUGACACUUAGGAAUGUGUCUGAGAAUUCUAACAAUGAUUAUAUUCUACGAGAAUUUUUGGUUCGCAAAGAUGACCAGCCUGAAAGAAAAAUAUUUCAUUAUCAUUUCACUGCAUGGCCAGAUCAUGGGGUUCCUUCAGAUCCAGGGUGCGUAUUAAAUUUCCUUCAUGAUGUUAACAAACGUCAGGAGGACAUUGCUAGUGCUGGACCUGUAGUGGUUCAUUGUUCUGCAGGUAUUGGACGCACUGGAACAUUUAUUGUGAUUGACAUGAUUCUCGACCAGAUUAAAAGACAAGGUCUUGAUUGUGAAAUCGACAUCCAACGAACAAUUCAGAUGGUAAGGUCACAGCGUUCUGGUAUGGUACAGACUGAAGCUCAAUAUAAAUUUGUAUACUUGGCAGUACAACACCACAUAGAAACAGUACAGCAUCGUAUUAGUGCUGAAAAGAGUUGCUUGCAACUGGGAAGAGAGUACACAAAUAUAAAAUAUAGUAGUGAGGCUGCAGGUGGAAUUGAAAUGGGUAAAUCUUUAUCACGUUCAACUAUAUCUCUUCCAACCACACCAUCAACUACUCCACGGGAUCCUAAACGACCAACAUCCACUGCAACACUGCCAAAAACGCAGUCUGAAAACCAUUUGCCAAGACCUCCUGACGAACUUCCGAAGCAGAUCUAUGAAAAUGUUCCUCCGGCUGUGAAAGAAAAGAAAAAAUCCACCACUAUAUCUCCAACAACUCCUACUUCACCGACCUUCCCUUCCUCGUCUCUGGGUUUCCCUACAUCAAUAGCUGGUGCUACUACAGCUUUUCCUUCCUCAACUGCUGUUCCACAUCCUUCUGUGCCCCCAAGAGCCACCUGACAAGAAAAUGCAGAGUAGAAAGGCUACCUCAAAUGAAAUACAUAAUUUUAAUAAAUUGGUCAGUGUAAUGGCUUCUUUACAGACUCUCUAUUAAAGUAUUUUUUUUUUAAGUUUCAGUAUAUUUCAUAAUUUUGUACAUGAACUUUCCUGCCAGAUAUAUACUUAGCUUACGUCUCUGACGUCACGACAGAAUUCAAAACUCGCGGCAAAUGCGACAGGUAGGUCAGGUGAUCUACCCCACCCGCCGCUGGGUGGCAGGUGUCUGAACCAAUCCCCCUUUCCAGUCAUAAUUUUUCUGUCGCCGGUGUUGACUACAUCUGUUGUCGAUACCUCUCGAUUUUGAAUUAUUACUCGUUUUCGCCCUGGAUUGUUUCAACGGACUUUUGGUGAAGUACCUGCUCCUUGGCUUGGCAUUUGCGAUUUGUGGACCGGUUUUGGAUUAUUCUUUUGAUUAUUCUUGGAAUUUCAUUAUGUCUGAUUUGGAAAUUAAGAAAUCAACUAUGUUCAGAGUUUGUUCUGUUACCGAUUGUAAGGUGAGGCUACCGAAAGCUGCGGUAGACCCUCACACAGUAUGCAUGAGGUGUAGGGGAAUGACUGCUCAUUUAUUAACCCUUGUAAUGAAUGUGGUAAUUUGAAUGAAGAAGAAUGGAAGGCGCUUUCUUCUUAUGUAAGAAAGCUUGAGAAGGACAAGGUUAGGAAAGCUUCAUCUAGGAGUUCUAGUAGGUCUCGCGCUAGCGAGUUUGAAGUUGAUAACCCUGUUGUAGACGUAGCGCCUUUACCAGUUUCAGCCCCUGCUUCCUGCACCGAACCCGAAGAUGCGCCUUCGGAGGUGGACACUAUGAGAGCCACUAUUCGCAGCAUGGAGCUGAAAAUUAAAGUGCUAGAAGGUAAGAGUGAUAGCAAUUUGUGCAGUGAUCCCAGUGCAGUGGAGGGUGCGUCUGAUCGGCUCCCUAAUGCUUCUAGGCCUAGACCUCUUCCAGACUCCCAGACCCAGUGGAGGAGGAAAGUCGAAAGCCGCAGGAAGGUUAGGGAGAACCCCCACCGGUCAGGCGUCCCCUCGGUAGCGCCUGAUGUUCGAUCCAGGCUACCUUGGAUCGCGCCAAGAGAGAAGUCUUACGGCAAUGCUUCUCGUCUUCGCCUUCUCCUUCGCCCAAACGUGGUUGGAGCUCCUCGGAAGCUUCUCGGCCGUCGAAGAGAGCCUGGCAGGCUUCUUCCGCUCUCCCCUCCAGCCCUGAAGUUUUUUCGGAAAAUCCUGGAUUGGAUGUCAAGAAACCGAGGAUUUCUUUGGAGUUUCGCUCUCCUAGUAAGGAUCGAGCUGCGUCUCCCGUGAAGGACUUUGUUAAGUCUCCUACACGUGUGUUGGCUAGUCUGCAGGCGCAGAUUACGGCUCUGGCUGACUCCUUGAUUGUGAAUGCUGGUCGUAGGAAGGACGUCUCGCUCCCGGUAAAGAAGUCCAGGCGCUCUUCUCCAGGCUUACGCUAUUCGUCAGUAUCCGCCCUCUCUCCAGGAGUGGAUCGUAGUACGAGGCGCUCUCCUGCGGACAUCGUUUCUCCGUCGGACAAGGGGCAUGCUUCCCGUAGACGAGCCUCUCCUGACAGGCGCUCGUCUCGAGACAGGAUCUCUCCCGCUGGCAGACGCCAGGAGCCUGGUAGGCGUUUUUCUCAUGGUAGCCGCUCUCCUUCAGGCUUUCGCUCUCCUGUGACCAGACGCCCUUUGGUAGACAGGCGCUCUUCUCCUGUCAGCCGCCCUUCGCUUAGCAGGCACCAAGAGCCUGGUAGGCGCUCUUCUCCUUCAAGGCGCUCUUCUCCCGAUUUUCGCUCUCCUCGAGUUAGGCGCCGGGAAUCUGUCAGACGCUUCUCGCCUGGUAGGCGCUCGUCGCCAGAGAUUCGCUCUCCUCGCAGCAGGCGCCAAGAGCCUGAUAAUCGCUUCCCGCAUGACAGGCGCUCUUCGCCAGGCAGCCGCUCUCCUUUAGACAGGCGCCAGGAGCCUGAUAGACGCUUUUCGCCUAAUAGGCGCUCUUCGCCUAAUAGGCGCUCUUCGCCUAAUAGGCGCUCUUCGCCUGAUAGGCGCUCUUCGCCAGAUUUUCGCCCUGCGUUCGUUAGGCGCCAAGAGCCUAGAAUGCGCCCUCAUCCUGACAAGAAGGAGUUUUCAGGCAGAAGCUCAACGGAAGUUAUAACUUCCCCGGUUAGAUGUCAGAGUUCUUCCAGACAUUCUUCCAAGGAUGGACUCUCGGCUGAGGACAAGACAGCCUUUCAUCGUAAGGAUCGUGAAGGAUCUUCGGCGGAAGAAGAACAGGAUCCCUCGGAAGAAGAAAUUCCUAAGGAUUCCUCCGUUUCUUCAUACAAGCGGUUGACGGACCUGUUGCUUCAGGAAUUUGGAGACGCCCUUUCUCCUGUCGCCCCGCCCUCGCCUCUUUCGUUAUUUUCGACUUCGAAAACUUCGAAGGUUUCAUCCUGUGUCAGGAUGAAGCCUGCAAUCUCCAUGAAGAAGGCGCUUAGAGGUUUUGGUGAGUGGCUUCUUUCGAAGGAAGAGAAAGGGAAGACGGUGUUCUCUUUCCCUCCUUCUAAGCUUACUGGGAAACUAGGAUUCUGGUAUGAAUCGGGAGAACCCUUGGGCCUCGUUCUUCCAUCCUCGGCAGACUCGGACUUCUCUUCACUGGUGGAUUUCUCUCGACGCUCUGCCCUCAUGUCUGCUAAGACGACAUGGGGGAUGAAUGAGCUUGACCACCUGUUGAAGGGAAUGUUCCGAGUCCUGGAGGUGUUUAACUUCCUAGACUGGUCUUUGGGCGUUUUGGCCAAGAAGACGCAGACCCCGGAUUCCAUUUCUCCUGAGGAUCUUAUCAGUGUUCUCACGUGUAUGGACAAGGCAGUGAGGGAUGGAUCGAGUGAAAUAGCUUCACUUUUCGGAGCGGGAGUGAUCAAGAAGAGAUCUGUGUACUGUUCGUUCCUGACGAAAUCAGUAUCGCAUGCUCAGAGAGCCUCUCUCCUGUAUUCUCAGCUCUCUCCUCAACUCUUCCCUAAGAAGAUCGUUCAGGAUGUUUCUUGUGCCCUUUCAGCUAAGGCUACACAGGACAUGCUAGCCCAGUCUACCAGGAAGCCUCACUCUUCUUUCCAAGCUAAAACCAAGAGAGAGACUCCAGUUAGGCAGGAGCCCUUUCGAGGAGUCCCUCCUGCCAGAGCUUCUUCCUCUAGAGGAUCUAGACCCACUAAACGAGGGAAGACCUUCUCUAGAUCCAUCAGAGGGAAGAAGUAGGAU